GUCGGGGUGGGCCGGCGCGCGGCCCACGCGGCGGGAACAGCGAGCAGCCGCCACGGCCAGGCGAGGUGCCGCCACCGCCGGGCGGCAUGAUUCGUAACACCGCCGAGGCGGCCUUCGAGAAGAAGGCCUCGGAGGAGGAAGAGGAGCGCCCUCCAGGACUCAAGUGGAACCUCCGCGACAUGCUGCAGCAGCUCGAGCGCGACGAGCAGGCGCUGGUGGAGCGGCUGGGCCCGGACCUCGCGCUGCCCGCGCUGCCCCCGAGCUGCGCGGGCGCGGGCGCGGGGAGCGAGGCGGCCGCCGCCCCCGCGGGGCCCCUGGAGGCGCCGGGGACGCCCGAGCUGAGCCAGCUCCUGGCCCUCGACCCGCUGCUGGAGUUCCCCGCGCUGCCGCCGCUCAGGCGGGAGGCCUCUGCGCGGCCAGGGUCCUCCGACGAGGAGAGGCCUCUGCGCGGCCAGGGUCCUCCGACGAGGAGAGCCCGCCCGCGCCUGCAGCCCGGAGGCCGUGGCGCCGCCGCCCCGGGGGCGGCCCGGGCGGCGCGCGGGCCCCGCGCGGG